CUAAGGUUUGGAUUAAUUAACCCUAGGAGUAUAAGUGUAUAUUUACCUCUUUAAUGAAACAUUUUGGUCAUUUUGAUUCUUACCGUCUAUAUUUGUGACAAAAACUUUUUUAGUGCUAUCCUACGGUAUUUCCCUAAAUAUUAUCUAUAUGUAUAUUUAUUUUAAAUGCCCUACGGUAGUUUUUUUGCAUUAUUGAUUUUAUAUUUAUAAUAAAAGUAAAUGUAAAACACUUUUUAAGUAAAAAAACUAGGAAAAGUUGGAUUUUGGUUUUUGUAUAGAAAUAAACAAUUAUUUAAAAAAAUUAGUUUCCCUAAAUUUUAUGAAAACGAUUUCUCAAAAAACUUUAUUCGAUAAAAAAUAGGUUUUGGAGAAACAAAAACCAAAAACUAUUCCAAAAACUGGAAACAAUCAACCUCAUAAUCUCAUAAUUUAUAAGUGGAUGCUAAAUAUAUCGAAAAAGACACACGAAUGUCAAAACUGAAUAAAGUAUCAAUCGAAAAUUAAGUUUAUGGCAUUGUCAAAGGUUAGAAACAAUUCUUAAAAAAAAAAAAACAUCCACGUAAGAAUGCGGGUCAAAAUCUAGUAUUAGUUUAAAUAACAAAAAUUCCUUCCAAACGCAAGUUCUGUUUAAGUUAUUGAACCUUAAUUUAAAGUACAUGAAUUAAACUCAUUUCAUUGUGCAAACUUGAUUUUAUAUUUUCGAAAAUUUAGUGUUUGAAUAGGUCAUUCAUUCAUCGGUAGUUUUCUAAUUAACAAUGUUGUCAAAUUUUUUUUUUACUCAAAUGAAGCUAUUUUACCUAAUUUAAUCAAAAUCAUAAGAUGACUAAAAAAAUCAAAAUCAAAAUCAUACUCUGGUCUUUUAGAGACGCCAUGAUAGAGGAGAUAUUUUAAUAAAAACAUUUUCAUUGAUUACCAUUCUGUAAAAGGGCAUCUGGAAAGUUUACAAGUCCGUUUAACCGGAGAAACAACAUCGACACUAGAAACAAAGACACAACAAAGAACAAACAAAAAAACAGAUCUGAAAGAUGACUUAAUAGUAACUUGAUAGAUAAUAAAUAAAGUUGAAUCUACAAACAACCUUCAGCAGCGCCGACUUCAGGAACCCUCAACGACAUCGACCUCUACCUGAGCUGGCUCAGCCACCGCCACAUCAACAACUGGCCCAGAAACGCCGCCUACACCGAACACAACAAGGUGGCCACAAAGUUCACGGACACGACCAUGAGUUCUCUUGCAGUGGCUACUCUACACCCGAAGGGGGAGAGAGAACCAGUGCCAAAACCACCUCAAGACCAACUAAGUUCAUUUAAGUCAAAUAAUAUAGUGAAUAAGGUAAUGUUAUGAUUGAAAAGAAUAAUGUUAUGAUUGAAUAGAAUUCUAAACUAGAUUUUUGGUUUAUUGAUUGCAUGUUUUGUAUUACUAUUUAGAGAGAGAAAUAAAUAUUUGACAAAAGAUAUGUAAAAAGUUAGGAAAGCAUUAGCAAAAUUUUAAUAAAUAGAACAGAAUGAUAAUGAGAAAAAUAAAAUGCCGAAGAAAAUGCAUAAUAUGUAUUAGUGAAGUUAAUGUGAUAAUUGUUAUAACUAAUAUUCAUCAUUUAUUUUUACAUCAAAUUUAUAGAAAUUUUACGACUGAUUUUCAAACUAUUAGAAGUUAAAAACUAUAUUUUUAAUGUGUCAAACUAUAUGACAUUGUAUACAUAAUAUACAUUCAUACAAUAGUUUCAUGAGGGGCAGAGAAACUUGCAGCUGUUCUUCGAAAACUUGUUUCAUGGUGCUGUUUCAAAACUUACUGCCGGUAGUUUAUUUUGUUAAUUAACAAAGUUUUGUGGCCUGGAGUUAGUUUUUGUCCAUGCAUUAACACACUUUGUUGAUGACAAUUCUAUUUUUAGCAAGAAGCAGUUCUCCUCCCAAAGUGGAAGGGUUUUAGUUUUUUUUCUUUUAUAAUAUUUGUUUUUGCCACAACUCUCUUGAGUCUCUCCAAAUCUCACAACUCAAAUUCCUCUGUCUUCUUGGGUAAUCGGAUGUUUUAUCUUUUUCUUCAAGAACCAGUGACAAGUUCAUUGGUAACUGAUAAAUUCUCAAUACAUUUUCUUGAGUGGCAAUGAUCUCGAAUUUGAGAGAAAGUAUGGAGAGAAACGAAUUAAGAGAAGGCCCUAUAGCUAUUGCAGUGGACAAAGAUAAAACAAGCUGUCAAGCUCUUAAAUGGGCAGUGGAACAAUAUAUACCACGAGACAGAACAAUAAAACUUGUUCAUGUCGUCCAAAGAUCUACAGUGAAUGCAAAUGGACAUUCUACAGAUGAUGAAUUGUCUGGCAAGCAACAAAAUGAUAAAGGAAGUCGUCAGUUUUUACCAAUGCGUUGUCUUUGCAUGAGACGAAAUAUACAAAGCGAAGUAGUUAUGCUUGAAGAUCAAGACGUAGCGAAAGCGUUGAUUGAAUAUAUUAACCAGAACUUUAUUUCUACAUUCUUGCUAGGUGCCUCGUUAAAGAAGAGUAUUACAAGGCUUUUUAAAGUAGAUGACAUACCAAGUAAUGUGAUGAGAUGGGCUCCAGACUUCUGCACUGUCUUAGUCAUAUCAAAGGGAAGACUAUCAAGUGUACGUCCAGCCACUAGGCAUUUACCUCAAGGCUUGCCUUCUCCUUCUUCAGGGACUGCACCUUCGUCACCACUCAGCAACACUGAUGAGGCUCCCUCUGAGAUGUCAUUGUCAAGAGAAGACGAUGUUUUCUUUGAGGAGUUCUCAUCCCUUGGCACAGAUUCUUCUACUGUGAACAUUAGUGACAGGAUCAGUACAGAUAGUUCGGUUCUCUCCUUCUAUGAUAAACUUGGGACUCCAAACAUGUUGGAGAUUCCUAGAUGUCUGGAUGAUGAUGAUAAAUCCAAUCUUUCGAUAUACCUUAAUAGUCCUUCUGAUAUAAAGCUGAUGGACGAAGCAGAAGCUGAGAAGAGAAGGCUGAGGAAAGAGCUGAAGGAGACAAUGAACAUGUACCAUGCAGCCUGCAGAGAAGCCCUCAUGGCAAAAGAGAAAGUAGCAGAGUUAGAGAUAUGGAAAAAGAAAGCAGGGAAAAGGCUUCAAAUGGCUGAGGAAACAGCAAAAAUGGCCAUCAUGAAGAUGGAUAAGAGAGAACUGGAGGUAAAGCCAAGAGUGGAGGCAGAGAUGAAGGUUAGAGGGAGUAAUGACAGAAAUGUGGUUCUGGAUUCUCCUGGAGAGUCUCAUAUGGUGGUAAAAUAUGAGAGCUUGCUCCAAAUUGUAGUUGUACUUUUCUUGUUCUACUUUUAUUUCACACUCAGACAAUCCUCUUUCUUGUGAUUGGAGUUGGGAGAUAAGUAACAAUGUCAUCUGCUUCAGGACAAGUUGCUCAUUCAUUAUUCUCUUGUAUAGAUCAAUCUUAUUAUAUUUGUUCACUUUUCACAAUGCA